AGUUGUUUCUGACCAUUGAUUAUGCACCUUCGCGUCUUAUAUGUAACCAGAUAGGAGAAGCAGAAUGUGGAUUGUGUUUUUGGUGUGUCUACUGGUUUCUCUGGCCAGGGCAGAGCGUGAGUAUUUCUUGCAGCCCAAUGCCUCCACCUGGGAAUCCGCUCGCCAGCACUGCAAGGUGUGCUACAGGGAGUUGGCCACUAUCACGGUCGAAGACGCACACCACCUGCUGGAGAAAAUGGACAACCGCAGCUCAGCUGCUGCCUGGUGGGUGGGUUUGCGGCGGCUGCUCAACGAAACCGUGGCGUCGAUGUCCAACACCACAAACGGCACCCAGCGCCCGGAGUCCCAGUGGUUCGGUGGCACGCCUCCAUGGGUCCAGUUCAAUGGCACCAAUGACACCGAUGGCACCAUUGACGUCAACUCCACGUGGUUCAGCUUCUUUGAUAAGCUUCCGUGGUCCCGCUGGUCCAAUGGUGAUCCUGUGACCAUCCAGAACUGGUAUCCAGGUCGUCCUGUUCCAAAACCCAAACAGGAACCGAUCAAGUGUGAGCCUAACACUGAUUUCAUUCCAACUACUUCUACACCCAGCUAUUCCACGUAUUCCACAACAGAUGGGAUGUCCACAGUGGAUAGUACGCCUAAUUCUACAGUGUAUGGGAAUUCCACAGUGGACAGCAAUUCCACAUUCGGAAUGACAAAUCAGACCUCCACGUGUCCUCAGCUGGACAAACUCCUUAAAUGUAUAGACGAUCCAGAAGCAAAGGAUGCUCUGGCCAGGUCUCUCACGACACCGAGUUUAUAUCAGACAUCCUGGAAUGCCACUAGUCCUCCGAAUGUCACUAUUCCUCUGAAUGCCACUAGUCCUCCGAAUGUCACUAUUCCUUCAGAUGUCACUAUUCCUUCGGAUGCCACUAUUCCUUCGGAUGCCACUAUUCCUUCAGAUGCCACUAGUCCUUCGGAUGCCACUAUUCCUUCAGAUGCCACUAGUCCUUCGGAUGCCACUAGUCCUUCGGACACCACCAUGUCAGACAUGUCAGACACCACCGUUACGACGCCCGAUCCAAAUGUGACAAACUCAAACACUAAUAACAACACAAGACGUACUGAGACCAUCACAACCGGGGCUCCGAGUACUAGUGCGGCAACCACUACUUCAGUUCCAAGCACUAUUUCGACUAGUGUCGCUCCCCCUAGUACUAUUCCACCUCCUACCAUUGCCCCUUGUCCUGAUUUAACAGACAGCCGUGAGGAAGACCUUAAUACGUUUGUUGAGGAUGCAUGUUUGGUAUUGCUGAGUUUUGGGUUGUGGUGGGAAAGGGCUUGUUCUGAAGUCUUACCUUACAUUUGUUAUGAUGAUCGUUUCUAUGGGAAGGUAAAGGUGCAUAACAUCACAUACGACGGGGCGAAAGUGGAAUGGGUGGAGGCACCUGGUGAAAUCUCUGGCUACAGGGUGGAGGUGAAAAGUAAAAGUGCUAAUUGGACUCAGGAACUGCUAACCACAGGACUGACCACAGAGUUGACUAACUUGACCUCUGGUACAAACUACACGGUCUAUGUCUUUCCAAUCAAAUGUGACAGGGAUCUUAAUGCCCAAACACACCACUUCUACAGCCAGCCAAACCAGAUUCAGAACCUCAGAAUUUCAGAUAUUCAAGUGAAUUCUGUCAACUUAACUUGGAGUCCACCCGAAGGUGGAAUCGACUUCUACCGGCUUUGUGUGUAUGACGCAUCCAAAUCAGUUAACUGUACAAAUGUCACCAGCAGCAACUACACUGUCGAACACCUUGUAGCAGGCGGGGAAUAUACUGUUGAAGUCAGUGCCGAGGUGAAUGACGCGUCCAUAGACGGUGUACGCUUUAAUCAAAGUUUCUUCACUAAACCAAGCAUAGUGAAGCAACUACAAAAUCAGGAGCCUGAAGUCAAUACCUUCACAGUGGUUUGGGAACAUCCAGAGGGAAAUGUCGAUAACUACCGUGUCCUUGUAAACAAUGAAUCUGUCAUCUUCUAUAAUGAGACUACCUCCCAUUUAAAUUACACUGCCAGAAAACUUGUGCCUGGCAGUGCGUUCAGUAUUACUGUGUGGGCACGAGUCAACAAAUCCUUGGAGGGAGACCCUGUCACCAUUCAAAGCUACACAAAGCCCAGCACAGUUGUUAACCUGGUAACGGAAACAACCGCAACUACCAUGACUGUUAAAUGGACAAACCCAACAAAAGGAGGCUAUAAGAAUUUUGAUUUGACACUGUACGAUCCUAAUAACAAAAUGGUUAAACGGGCAAGUACACCUAAUUCUACCUUUCUAUUUGAUGAACUGAAGGCAGGGGCCAAAUACAAGGUAGAAGUCAUAGUGCUUGGAGUUGGAAACUUAACAAGCAAAAUUCAACGCAACAUCACCUAUACCCUGCCAGAAGAACCAAGGAAUCUCAAGAGUUUCCCAAGCAAUACGUUCAUCAAACUGCAAUGGGAUGUUCCGAAGAAUUCUGAAGCUGUGACAAUAGAAUACGAUGUGGUCUGCAAGUCCAAGUUUUGGAACACUGUUAAGGAAGACCGAGUUAAUGUCACCCAUUACUUAAUGGGUGGAUUAAGGCGUGGAACAACAUAUUACUGUGGAGUUAGUGUUUUUGCUGGAAACCAGAACAGUAAAGAGAUAAACGUAACAGCCAAGACAAUCCCAGAUAAGAGAAACAUCACUCUCACGAUGCUGUGCAGUUCCAGUGAGCCUCUGGGUUGUACAGAGACAGACCAGAAGGGCCUUUUAAAGAAGCUGUCCGAUAAAUUCAGGGAAACGCUGGAUGGAGUUUUCUUUGAGCUUGAUUGGAAAAAAUUAACUUGAAUGUAUUGGGCUUCUACAGUAUGAUUGGAUAUUACAGAAAUGAUGCACACACAUAACAAAAGAUUUAUGAUCUCUUUAACGUUUUGCCUUCAUCUACACAUUAAUUCAGCGACUGUAUGACAUUGAUUGUAGGCCUACACAGACAACCCAUUUUCCUCAUGUAUCUCAUUUUUACAUUGCUAACCUUCAUGGAUGUAAAUAGACUAUAUGGCCAUGUUAUUUCUAUAUUGCUAUUUCAUAUAUUACCUUUGAUACUCUCCUUCAGUGGCAGCAAUGCAUUUUAGCAUUUUAUGUUUUUGCAUGUACAGGCCUAUCUCACCAUGGAGAGUAGGCUUGGCUAUACCAGUAGAAAUAUUUGAAGUAUAAAUGUUUCAUAUUUGUGAAGGGGGUAUUGUGUAGAAUCUGGCAGAUUAGUCAGACCACGUUUCAGAUGGUUUAGUCAACAUUUAUGUCUAUUGUAAACUCUUUAUUCUAAUAUUUUGAGAUAGUCCCUACUGGAUUUUUUAUUUCCAUGAGCUGUGAAAUGUAAUCAAGAUUUAAAAAAAAAAUAAAAAAAAACCUUUAUGUGUUAAUGAAUCUAAAAUAUGAAAGUUUCUGCAUCAAAUUGAAUGAGCCUGUUUUUUGUUUUUGUUUUUUUUAAACAUACAAAUUACAACUUAAGAGUCGCAAUGGUACCAUGUGAAGAAAAACUCAACAUACAAAUAUUGAACAUGUACACGACUUAGACACCAGGGGAAGGCUACAACAAGACAUCACAAUGCAUAUCAAUCCAAAAAGUGCAGACCUGUACAGUUCUUACUACUUUAGGGUUAUGAAAGAAUUUAACCUGAUUCAUGUACUGUAUAAGCUUGUCCUUAUAAAACAGGGCUUACCUGUAAACUUACAUUUAUGAAUGUGAAAUUUAGCUAAGAGCAUAAAUACAUUUUUUACUGUA